AUGGCUUACACUGCUGCUAGGUUCGGGCAUGUUAUGUUCCCUGAGAAUGUAUAUGAACCUGCCUUGAAAUGUGCUGAGCUCUUGAUAGAUGGAGUGGGAAAAGGCUGGGCUUCUCGAGUGUACUUCUCAGAUAAUGGAUCCACAGCUAUCGAAAUUGCCCUGAAGAUGGCGUUUCGUAAGUUUUGUGUUGAUCAUGAGACCCUAUUGGAAUUUUCUGAGGGUAGAGAUGAGAAAAAACAUAUUGUGGUUAAGGUCCUAGCUCUUAGGGGGUCUUACCAUGGGGAUACUUUAGGAGCAAUGGAAGCACAAGCACCAUCACCUUACACAGGCUUCCUCCAGCAGCCGUGAUAUACUGGAAAAGGUCUGUUUCUGAAUCCUCCUACUGAUAUCCUCUUCAAUGGAGCUUGGAAUCUCUCUCUCCCUGAAUUUUUUGCUGAAAUAGCCCCAGAAGAAUAUGGAAGUAAAUAUCAUAAU